AUGACCACUCAAGCAACACUGCGCCGUCGCUACCUACAAAAGAAACAAAAGAUACGAAGCGAUCCCACGUGGCGAAGUAACAAGACUAAACCGAAAACGUCGAAAAGAAAAACCGUACGUGCGCCUGUGUGUUAUAUAGCCAUAGACACACACUAUUUAGAACGCGCACGUCGGCUAUGGAUCCGCUCAAUACAAGAAGAGGCAUUCAGCAUCGACAUAGCGGCGUUGCGACGCAAUAAACAACUGUCGUCGAGUAGUCGACUUAUACAGUUGUCUAUUUUUAUCGACGAAGAGAAUGUGCUGCGGCUCCGCUCAAGAGUGUCGGUUGCCGCCGAUCUGUCAGUGGAGCAACAGGAACCACCCGUAGUCGACGGUCAACAUGCAUGGGUGCGCCUGUACAUAGAAUGGGUGCACAGGAAACUUCACCACGGGGCUUCGAAACCACUGCGAACGAGUGAACUGAAGAAAUGCCAGGCGUGCCGCAUUUGGAAGGCAGCACCAGCGCAACCAUCGACGGGCAACCACCCACGCAGCAGGCUGGCACAUUUUCAGCGCCCGUUCACCUUAACCGGCCUAGACUACUUCAGGCCGAUGACAGUGACCGUGGGUCGCACGCACCAGAAGCGGUACGGCAUGCUGUUCACAUGUCUCACCACGAGGGCUGUUCACCUGGAGAUCGCCGGCAGCCUCAGCACCGACUCCGCAGUAAUAGCUCUGCGGCGCUUCAUAAGAUGCCGCGGUUGCCCCACGGAGCUGUGGUCGGACCAAGGCACCAACCUCAAGGGUGCCGACUUCGAGAUGAAGAAAGCAGCCGCUGAAGCCAAGGAAGAAGAUUCGUCGGUGCGCUUUAUACGCUGGCGCUACAUACCAUCGAGUGGUCCCUUCAUGGGCGGCGCCUGGGAAUGGCUUGUGCGCAGUGUAAAAACCGCGCUGGCCGCUACGCUGCAUGAACGAGCACCGUAA